GGCCCCGCCGCCGCCGUCGCCGGGCCCUCAGCCAUGUCGGCCGAAGAGAUGGUGCAGAUCCGCCUGGAGGGCCGCUGCUACCCGGUGAGCAAGAGGAAGCUGAUCGAGCAGAGCGACUAUUUCCGCGCGCUCUACCGCUCCGGCAUGCGCGAGGCGCGGCGCCCCGAGGCCGGCGGCCCGGAGGUGCAGCAGCUGCGCGGCCUCAGUGCCCCGGGCCUGCGCCUGGUGCUUGACUUCAUCAAUGCCGGCGGGGCCCGCGAAGGCUGGCUGCUGGGCCGGCCGCGCGACAAGGGCGCCGGGGCGCCGGAGGAGCCUGAGGAGUUGGAUGAGGGCGGCCUGCUGUCGGAGUUGGUGGAGGCAGCCUCCUUCCUGCAGGUCACGUCCCUGCUGCGGCUGCUGCUGUCCCAGGUGCGCCUGUCCAACUGCCUGGAGCUCUACCGCCUAGCGCAGGUGUACGGGCUGCCGGACCUGCAGGAGGCCUGCCAGCGGUUCAUGGUCGUGCACUUCCACGAGGUGCUGUGCAAGCCCCACUUUCACCUGCUGGGCGAGCUCAGUCUGAAGCAGAAGCUGCGGGAGGACCGGCUGAGAGGGACGCCCGUGUUGGUGGCCCUGGGAGACUUCCUGGGUGGCCCCUUGGCCCCACACCCUUACCAAGGGGAGCCCCCGUCCAUGCUCAGAUAUGAGGAGAGGACGGAGCGGUGGUUCCCUCUGGCCAACAACCUGCCCCCGGACCUGGUGAACGUACGGGGCUAUGGGUCAGCCAUUCUGGACAACUACCUCUUCAUUGUGGGCGGAUACAGGAUCACCAGCCAGGAGAUCUCAGCGGCCCAUUCCUACAACCCCAGCACCAAUGAGUGGCUCCAGGUGGCGUCCAUGAACCAGAAGAGGUCGAACUUCAAACUUGUGGCUGUCAAUUCAAAACUCUACGCCAUUGGUGGGCAGGCCGUUUCUAACGUUGAGUGUUACAAUCCUGAGCAGGAUGCAUGGAAUUUUGUGGCCCCCUUACCAAACCCUCUGGCUGAGUUCUCGGCAUGUGAGUGUAAGGGGAAGAUUUAUGUCAUUGGAGGCUACACCACAAGAGACCGCAACAUGAAUGUCCUGCAGUACUGCCCAGCCGCCGAUGCCUGGACGCUCUUUGAGACGUGUGAUGUGCACAUCCGCAAGCAGCAGAUGGUGUCGGUGGAGGAGACCAUCUACCUGGUGGGCGGCUGCCUACACGAGCUGGGCGCAGCCCGCAGGAGCAGCCAGAGCGAAGACAUGCUCACCGUGCAGUCCUAUAACACGGCCACUCGGCGCUGGUUGUACCUCAAGGAGAACACGUCCAAGUCAGGCCUGAACCUGACAUGCGCGCUGCAUAACGAUGGCAUCUACAUCAUGAGCAGAGACGUCACCCUGUCCACCAGCCUGGAGCACCGCGUCUUCCUCAAGUACAACAUCUUCUCCGACAGCUGGGAGGCCUUCCGGCGCUUCCCGGCCUUCGGACACAACCUCCUGGUGUCCUCCCUCUACCUGCCCAAUCACACAGAGGCCUGACUACCUGCCAGGGUCUGCGCAAGGAUGCUAGGCAGCACCCAGGGUAAAGGAGGCCCGUCUCCAAAGAGAAAAGAGGGCUGUCAGCCUGUCACGGGGACCACAGCUGUUAACAAGCUUCCCUCAACAAAUGACUUGAAAACUUGGGGGACCAGAGACCAACUUUUUAAUUUUCGAUUUUUUCCAUGCUGGGAACACAUUCACGAUAAUGUUUUCAUUCAAGUAUCACCCCCUUGGGCCAGUGACUGAGUCUGAUGGGUCCUGUUAGUAGAUUCAUGGAGUCUGCUUAGUCACUUAGUGAGAGACCAAAGUCAGAAACGGGUGCAAGUGGUCAGAUGAUCUUAAAAUCAGUUUUAGUUAGGUCACUUGAAAUAUCUGUGUGAGAUUUUUGUUGUUGGUAUUAAUUUAGUUGGCAGGUAUUUACAUUAUUUUCCCCUCCCUUCUUCCAUUCAUACCCAUUUCUGCCUGUAGUGUUCUUAGACUAGGGUUCUAUGGUCAGAUUUUUACACACCACUUUCCAGGGAACUUACACUGAUAGGGAUCAUUGCAUGCAAAUAUCCAGUCCUGCCAAAACUUGCAUUUAAACAUUCUCAACUGUUUUUCCAGUCUUUUUGGCAAUUUCAAAAUGCUGAGUAAAUGGGCUGAUAUCACCUCUUUUGCUGAAGUGACAGAUUGCAGACUUACCUGGUCAGAUAUAUUGCAUUGCUAGGGGUCUGUUACGUAAAAGAUAUAUUGUCUAAAAGUAUGGCUAUAUAUAUAUAUAUAUAUAUAGAUAUAUAUAUAUAUAUAAUCUUAUAUAUACACAUACACACACCUGCAUGGACUUAUGUAUAUAGGCUUAUGCAUGUGUGUGUGUGUGUGUAUAUGUAUAAAGUUGAGUCUUAAAUAGGAAGAGGAGGAAGCACCAAAUGAGAAAACAAAUUGUCUUUGAAGAGUUAGGUUUAUUGAAUCUAUUUGACUUAGUUCUAUUAAGAUUGAAGGCAUUAUCAUGCUUAAAUCAAGCCCUUUUUUAAUUGAACCUUUGCCUUUAACUUACAUUUUGCUUUUGUGGGGUGAGGUGAGUUGAGCUGUGAAAUUCUGUCUGUAGAGAUGGGAGGAAGCCCAUAGAGGAAUGGCUCUGAGGGUAUUUCUGAAAUUCAAUUCUGGUUCCACUUUCGAGCCCAGCUCAUGCAGUAUUUAUCCUCAGUAAAUCAGUGAGCAAUGAAGAGGAGCUUCUGCCCAUCAUAGGUCAGCAUUUCUGUAAAAAUAUAUACACAUACAAGCAUUAUAUUUCCAUUGAAAAUUGCUUCCUGAAAUUCCCCAAACUUUGUAAAGGAGUCAGUUGAAUUGUGAGCUGGACUCCGUCUUUCAUUCUAACAUCCCAGUUACAUAAAGUUGAGAAAGUCCCACAGAAAGGCAAGAGCAACAUCCACACAUUCAGUACACGCUUCGGAUGCCUUGGGUGCCGCCAGUCUGCAUUGUCGGUGCUGCUGGGGGAUGGGGAGCGGGUCCUUCCAGAGUCCUUCAGUUUCCACAGGGAACACCACAUGGUGUCCGUACAACCAAGGCCUCCUGUUAUUUAAUGUAAGGGUCCAGCUGUAUUACAUUUGCACUGCUUUUCAAGAAUACUUGUAUUAGGUAAAAUGAGGAAAGCCUUUAAGGUGGAUGUGAACACAGAUCUUUGUAUCUUGUCUCUAAUAACCCUACCACCACUCUCCUUAAGACACUAUUUAAGGCUUUCUAAGUGGAUCCCAGUUAUUCAGAUAUUUAACCCUUUCUUCCCCCAAACUGAAAUCUUCCUGGGAAUGGUACUUUAACAGUAGUUAAAUAUUAAUUUAUAUUCAUUAUAGACUUGAAUUCUCAGUACUCAUAAUUUCAUGACACAUAUGUAAAAGUAUAAUUUAUAUUAGAUAUUGUUAAUUAUUUUGCUCAGAGGUUAACUUUCAUAAGGUUUAUCCUUACCAAUUCAGGAAAUUCUAGUACUAGUCAGGUGAAUUAGUACUGGAUAAACAAUUGGAGCAGAGUUUUUAAAGUAAGCACAUCAUGCAAAAUGCAGUAUUAUUUCCAGUUAUCACUUUUCUCUCUGAUAACAUUCUGUGGGUCUACUUUCCCAAUGUCAACAACUAGAUUCUUGGACCACAUGAAGGCAUAGUCUGAUCCACAAAGGUCUUUUUGAUAUGUGUGUAUGUGCGCAAGUGUGUGUGUGCGCGCAAGUGUGUGUGUGCUGGCCUGUUACAGCUCUAAGACACAGACUUCUAAAACGGCCUUAUUACUCCAUCUGCUAGCUGUGUGUGGGCCAGAUGGAGUGUGCAGCAGGAAGAGAUUCAUGCAUGUGGACAUCUUCCUUCCUCUGUGGACAUCAAGUCUGUUGACAUUCGAGGGUGAUUUUAACCCUGCUUUGAGCUCUUCCACGUGACAUUCCAUAGAAGACUACCCAUGAGGGAGGCAAUGUUCCAUUUAAAAUCUCCCCUGUCCCCCAGGCCUUUGGUCUUGUAAUAGUCUUUCCUUUUAUUCCCUUCUCUAAAUGCUUUAUCCUUCUUUUCUGAGGUGCUUUCAGGUGUUCUGACUUUCACGAGGAAGAGAGGAGUUUCUGGGACCCCCAGUGGGAGCUGCCCUGCAGAAAUCAUGUGUUUUGCAGAGAAUAAUUGGAAGGCGAGUGAGUGCUGAGUAGAUUAGUAGAAGGAGUCUGUUGGGUUCUCCGUCAUUCCUUCUGGUUUUCCUUUCAACACCCUUCAUAUCUGGUGACAUUUUUCUGAUGACUGUGUGAGAGUCCAUUAUUUCAACAGUUUGUAACAAUGAACUACUGAGAAGUUUAUGGAUAUUAGAAAGAAACCUGAUUAAGCAUGAAUACCAAAGAGAAUGGAACCCUGUCAUUGCUUUUGAACCAAAAUUGCAUAACUCCAAAUGCCUUAGGUAUCACUUCAGGUUGUCCUGUGUAGCCUCUGCUGGUUCUCUGCAAAGGGAGUGAUAAAGUAAAAAAAAAAAAAAAAUGCCUAUUCUCUUUCAACAAAGUUACUCACUGAGAUGGUGGAGGCAGUGUCUGCAGAUUUCCAGGUACAGUUGGAACCCCACCUGCAUGGCCACCAAUUGAGGAGAAAGGCCAUGCCCUGCUCAGCCAGCAUAUUGUGAGCAGCAGCUUCCUGCAGAGCCCCCAAGAGGCUGCAGAACCACAGAAAAGGACAUGGGUGAGUUGUUGGCUGCCUCUCUCCUAGACCAGGGCUGGGGAGCACAUCACACCUGUGCCCACAUCUGCCAAGGAGGCAUCACAUGUGGGUGUCAUACCUUUCCUCUGGACCAGGACUGUUUCCAAAUCCAUGUCACCAGUGUCUCCAGGCAUUCAUUACCUGUCCCCUGAAGUAGACAGUGCCUCAGAAGAGUGAAUGAAUCUGGUGAGUAAAUACCAUUCCCAGUGGCUGAAGACAGGAAGUUGAUUCAGUUCAGCUUCUUGGUUCCCAGAAAACCUGCUGAGUGUCAAUUCCUGUGUAAGACGACGCCAAGACCAGGGAUACAGACACAAAUAAGCCGCUGCAUCUGCCACUGAGUUGGUGUUCACCACAGUUGUGACUAGACCACCAUUCUGGAAGAUGCCCCCUUUCGUCAGGCACCCUGUUCUGUCCUGGUCUAGUCUGUCCACCACUUCAUUGUUUACUAACAAUUGCCAUGACCCGGCUUUUCUCAGAAUUUGGCUGUCACAUCCUAUAUUUGUAUUUUUCAUAAUACUUUUCUCCUCACUACUCAUAGUUUUCUGCAUACCUCAUUUUCCUGAGAAAAUCAUAUAUAUCACCUAUUUAAAAAUACCUAGAUAAGGCACCAUGGCCUUUGGAGCUAAGGGCUUAGCAGCUUGAUCACAUGACAAAGAGGAGUGAAGCCUGGGUGGUAAGUCCUGGGAGAGGCAGGCUGGUUGCAUGUGCAUUUAAACCUAUGCCUUUAAAACACAUCCACACGCAGUAUUAAUAAAAGUUCCUUAAGGCACAAGUCCUGUCUCAAAAGUUGGUUGAUUUUGACUUUGUGAUUUUAAUUACCAAAAGGUAUUUUGUCAUUCUUAGGUUUCCUUCACAUGAAAGUAUUUGAUUUUCAUUUUCUUGUGUUAACUUAGAAACACAAAGUAAAAACACACAUGCUGACACCUGCUGACUGUGCUUACACGAGUGUUUUUAUCCAUUCCCACAGGAGAUAGAUCCCAUGAAAAGACAGUCAGUGUUAAGGGGCGAAAGGUAUCAUGGUUUAUGCCUCGAGAAGAAAAGGAAAAUAACUUGCAUUGUGUCAUUUUUCUACAGUGUCGAUAAGGGAUUUUUAGAUGUCUGUGUGAUGUUACAUAUCUAGUGGUCAUCUAAUGGUCAUCUGUAGAACAUAUAUAGUCACAUUUUGUUUUGACAGAUACCUUUGUUGAAAAGGUUGUUAUUGUGUUUCCAAUUUCAAGUGUGGCUUAAAAAUGUGUACAUUAUCAUGAAUCUUUUAAAUACAAAGAUCCCUAUGAGGCA